GACUUGCUCUAGCUGCUGUGAGUCUGAUUCGCUGUCUCUGAAUCUGCUCCCACAAUUCAACAGGCAACAAAGGAAGAAAGGAAGAGGCCGCGAGCUACAAAGGUGUUAGCCAACCUAGACAGAAAGAUGUUAUCUUAUUGUAUCUUUCUAAUCGGCAAUAUAAGCACACACGUUUAGGGGAGCACCACAUCCGGCUGUAUAAAUGCCUUAUACUUUUGUCUGUGCACAGAAGAUGACUAAAGGAUCAAAUGAAAGGUGGUGGAAGUGGAACUUGAACCAUCCAACUGAGUCACCAUUCUUCUGCACAUAAUGGGCUUGAUGGCUCCACUGUAUGCAUGACUUGUUUCAUGUGGCCUGAUGGGAGGACACUGUGGAUAGUACUUUCAUCAGGAUAGUCAUCCCAUGCUCCCACAUUGGAGGGCCUGUCAGAAUGAAAAAGAUAAGCCUUAAGACCAUCCGCAAGUCCCUCAGCAUAAAGGGCAAAGAGGAGGGUGACUUUGUCAUGCUCCAGCAACCCUCGGUGACUACAGAGUUUUCUAAGGAGGAGUCACUUUUUGGUGGCUGCUACACCAAAGAGCUCUCUGGGUGUGACCUUGGCACAGAAGAGGACAAAGGGGGUCAGAAUAAGAGCCGCUCAAAAAGUGAGAGCCUCAUGGGAUCACUAAAGAGAAGGCUCUCUGCCAAGCAGAAGGUAAAAGUGAAAGGUGGCUCCUCUGCCAUAGGCUCAGUGGAUGAUGAUGAUACCUUCUCAUCCUCUUCUGUGCCCAUCAGCUUCAAUGAGGUGAAAGCCCAGAGACCCCUUAGAUCUGCAUCCUUACGCAGUCACCAUUAUAGCCCUUCACCAUGGCCUUUGCGGUCAGUCAACUCUGAUGAGGCAUGUAUAAAGAUGGAGGUAAAAGUUAAAGCCAUGGUUCAUUCUCCUAGCCCCAGUCCUAACUUAAAUGGUGUCCGGAAAGAAUUUCAUGAUUUCCGCAUGGAAGGGCUUUUUCAGGACCAAGCAGAAUCCUUAAAGAAUCUCCAACAGUCACAAAAUGGUGAGCUGCACCUAAAUAUUGAUGAAAAUGAUGUGCCUGUGGUGCUGGGGUUGACACCUCAGGACUAUAUCCAGUACACAAUGCCUUUAGAUGAGGGAAUGUACCCGGAAGGGUCCCACUCUUUCUGCCUGGAUAGCUCUUCUCCUAUGGAGGUGGUGACUGAAGCAGACAGCGGGUCCCUCCACACAGACCAGGGACAACAGGAACAUGAACUGAUCAGUGGGAUGCCUCCAGAUCUCUUCAUGGAAACCUCAGUUAAUAAUCUUUUCAUCGGUUCUGCUGGUGUGAUGCUCCAGAGUUCUAGGGUAGAGAUCCCACCUCCCCUUUCUCCACUCCUGCCACCCAUGACAAAUAAUGGACAUAUGCCCAGGACCUUUUCGGGGUUUAGCUCAUCAGAUAGCCAGGUAGCUGAGAGAGUAAGACACCAUCUCAACUUUGACCCAAAUUCAGCUCCUGGGGUCAGUCGGGUGUAUGACUCAGUCCAGAGCAGUGGGCCCAUGGUUGUGACCAGUCUGACAGAGGAGCUGAAGAAACUAGCAAGGCAGGGCUGGUACUGGGGCCCCAUCACUCGCUGGGAAGCAGAGGAAAAGUUGGUCAAUUUGGCUAAUGGCUCAUUCCUGGUCAGAGACAGCUCAGAUGACAGGUACCUGCUCAGCCUGAGUUUCAGGUCACAGGGCAAAACCCUCCACACCCGCAUUGAACACUCCAAUGGCCGCUUCAGCUUUUAUGAGCAGCCUGAUGUGGAGGGACACACGUCCAUUGUUGACUUAAUUGAACACUCUAUCCGAGACUCAGAGAAUGGAGCUUUUUGCUAUUCCAGGUCUCGCUUACCAGGGUCUGCAACCUACCCUGUCAGACUAACCAGCCCAGUAUCUCGGUUUAUGCAAGUGCGCUCCCUGCAGUACCUUUGUCGCUUUGUUAUUAGACAAUACACAAGAAUAGACCUGAUCCAGAAAUUGCCCUUGCCUAACAAGAUGAAAGAUUAUCUGCAGGAGAAGCACUACUGAAGACACAGAGAGAGGACAGUGGUAGCAAUUUGCACUUUUGUGUUCAGUUAAGAGAUUUAAACAAGGUUUACAGAUAACUGUAGUUUUAAGAUUGGUUCUGGUGUCCAUGUGACUGUUUAGUCCUCCAUUCCACUCUUUUUAGGAUUUAUUUUGCUGGUUUUAGGAGUCUCUGCUUCCAGAAAUACAAGCCAGCACAUUAUUGGAAAAAAUAUAACAGAAGUAUUCUGCCAAGUUAUCAUAGUUGUAUACUUUAAGUGCAGACAUUAGGCUUGCAUUGUGACGAAUUAUUAAAUGUAACAUCUGUUUGUGCAAAUAGAGCAGAUUUUCAUGAGUUUGCAAUCUGCAUUAAAGUUGGAAAGUAGGGAAAAUAAAAGUAGAAUAAAAGUCCA